GGCACGACCGACUGUGAUCAAUCCUGGCCCGGUCAAGUUGGCCCAAUGGGACCCAAGGGCACCAUGGGUGAAUUGGGCAAAUCUGGACCCAUGGGUGAAACCGGUGACCGUGGCUACAAGGGAAUCCGUGGAUUGCCAGGACAAAUGGGGGAUCCGGGACGGGAUUGUCCUCCUGGACCACCAGGCCUUAAGGGGACUAAAGGCGAUCCAGGUUAGUCUUGUUUUCACGCUGCAUUGA